CGUUCUGCAACUUCUUUUAUGCCUUGGUCUUGUAGAAUCCCAAUAGGUGAAGGAUAUUAUGAAUUUCUUUAUGUGUAAUUGCUGAUUUGAAAAACGCCUGGUUUCAUUGCUGGAAAGAAGAGAUUUACAGAGCCAAAUAUGUGUUAUCCAAAUAUGGCCAAUCAGGAUAAACCAAAUCAUUCUAAAAGCAAUCAUUUUGUGAAGUCUGAGGUUCUGGAUGAUGAUCAUAACCCCAUUCUACAUGGGUUGCCUGAUGAUGUUUCAAAGUACUGCCUUGCACUUGUGCCUCGUUCUAACUUCCCAGCUAUGGGUGGUGUCUGUAAGAGAUGGAGGUGCUUUAUUCAAAGCAAAGAAUUUGUAACUGUGCGAAAGUUGGCUGGGGUGCUUGAAGAAUGGCUUUAUAUCUUAACAACAGAUAGUGAAGGAAAAGGAAGCCACUGGCAGGUUAUGGAUUGUCAUGGUCAUAAUCGCCGAUCUCUUCCACCAAUGCCUGGUUCAGGAAAGGCUGAGUUUGGGGUAGUGGUUCUUAAUGGAAAGCUUCUUGUCAUGGCUGGCUAUUCAUCAAUUGAUGGAACUGCCUCUGCCUCAGCAGAGGUUUACCAAUAUGAUUCUGGCGUCAACAGCUGGAGCAGAUUAUCAAACAUGAAUGUGGCUCGGUAUAACUUUGCUUGUGCUGAAGUCAAUGGCUUGGUUUAUGCUGUUGGAGGCAACGGGUUAAAUGGUGACAAUCUCUCCAGUGCUGAAGUGUAUGACCCAGAUACUGACAAGUGGACACUGAUAGAGAGCCUUCGUCGCCCAAGAUGGGGUUGCUUUGCCUGUGGAUUUGAGGGGAAGCUCUAUGUCAUGGGUGGAAGGUCAAGCUUUACAAUUGGAAAUUCCAAGUUUGUUGAUGUUUACAACCCUGAGAAGCAUGGCUGGUGUGAGAUGAAAAAUGGCUGUGUCAUGGUCACUGCUCAUGCAGUACUUGGUAAGAAGUUGUUCUGCAUGGAGUGGAAGAACCAAAGGAAGUUAGCAAUAUUUAGUCCAGAGGACAAUUCAUGGAAAAUGGUACCAGUCCCUUUGACAGGGAGUUCAAGUAUUGGUUUUCGAUUUGGGAUACUGGAUGGUAAGCUUUUGCUAUUCUCACUAAAGGAAGAAUCUGCAUACAGGACUUUGUUAUAUGAUCCAAAUGCAGCACCAGGGUCUGAGUGGCAGACUUCAGAGAUAAGACCAUCUGGUUUGUGCUUGUGCAGUGUAACUAUCAAGGCCUAAAAGGUUGUCUGCCUCUGAAUUUGUGAGACCUUAAGAGAGUUUUGGAAUAGAGUUACGGACAUUUUUUGUUUUCCUAGGAAUUAGGAUAGUAGUGAUGAUGUGGUUAUAAAAUUUUAAUAUAGUGCUUUAGUUUGCUUGUUCCUGUUAAUUUUAUCUUGUCAUGCCUUUUAUGUGUCUUGUGUAUGGUGGAUUAUUUUCAUUCUUUUUGUUGUUCUCUUUUGGUAAUAUUAGAAAGUGAUAAAACAUUAGAAUU